GUGACGUCAGCCGUCCCGCCCCACACCUCGCGCCUGCUGACACACAGGCUCACGCUCUCCAGCUGGCAACUGUAUGAGGUGCGCGCGCGCGCACAGCGGCCCGGUGAGAGGUGUGUGACCGGAGAGGAGAGGCCCGGCUGGGGACACGGUCUGAUAUUUGUCGUGUUGCGAAAGAAAUCUUAGUGUUAUCAAUGGUUUUAUUAAGAUAACAGUUUUGGAUAUCCUUACAUAUUGAAUGAGAUCAUGAGUUCAUUAAAGCCAAGUGGGCUUAAAGCCCCCUCCAAAAUAGCAAAGCCUGGAGCCACAGCUAAUAAAUCUUCAUCUAUUGCUGCUGCUGCAGCUCCUCCUGCAAAACCAGUAGAAAAGUCAACCGGUGCACCACCUGCAGAAGCGCCUCCUUCAGAGACACCUGAAGGGUUUGUGGAUGAUUUUCGAGUAGGAGAGCAUGUAUGGGUUAAUGGCAAUAAACCUGGGUUCAUUCAGUUUCUUGGAGAAACUCAGUUUGCUCCUGGACAGUGGGCAGGGAUUGUUUUGGAUGAAGCAAUUGGUAAAAAUGAUGGAUCAGUUGCUGGUGUAAGAUAUUUUCAAUGUGAAGCCUUAAGAGGAAUUUUUACAAGACCUUCAAAGUUGUCUAGGAAACCAUUAGAUGAUGAAACCAAUGGCACCCAAACUGCAUCAAGAGCUACCUCACCAACCUCAAUGUCUUCUGCAAAUGUUGUCUCUCCUGUGCCAGCCUCUUUGGCAACUCCUCUAAAAAGUACUACAUCUACUACUAAGGAGUAUAGCACCCCUGCACAAUUAAGUAACCUCACUCGAACCACAAGUGAAUCUAUAUCAAAUUUGUCUGAAACUGGGUCAGUCAAAAAAGAACGAGAGCUCAAGCUUGGGGAUAGAGUUUUGGUAAGCGGUUCAAAAGCUGGAGUUAUACGGUUUAUGGGGGAGACAGAUUUUGCCAAAGGAGAAUGGUGUGGCGUGGAGCUAGAUGAGCCUUUAGGAAAAAACGAUGGAGCGGUGGCUGGCACAAGGUAUUUUCAGUGUCAGCCGAAAUAUGGCUUGUUUGCACCUGUACAUAAAGUUACAAGGAUUGGUUUUCCAUCAACUACCCCAGCUAAAGCUAAAACCACCGUAAGAAAAGUUCCUGCGACACCUGCAACACCAGCAUCUCUAAAACGCAGCCCAAGUGCAUCUUCUAUUAGCUCUAUGAGCUCAAUUUCAUCGUCUGUGAGCAACAAACCAAGUCGCACUGGGCUGUUAACAGAAACCUCCUCAAGAUAUGCAAGAAAAAUUUCUGGUACCACAGCUCUCCAGGAAGCUCUGAAAGAGAAGCAGCAACAUAUAGAGCAGCUUCUGGCUGAAAGAGACAUGGAAAGGGCCGAAGUUGCAAAAGCUACAAGUCAAGUUGGAGAAGUGGAGCAGGAGCUAGCUGUGAUACGAGAUGGACAUGACCAGUAUGUAAUGGAAAUGGAGGCUAAAAUGGAUCAGUUACGUGCUAUGGUAGAAGCUGCAGACCGAGAAAAAGUAGAACUGCUUAACCAGCUUGAAGAAGAGAAGAGGAAAGUUGAAGAUCUCCAAUUCCGUGUUGAAGAAGAGUCCAUUACCAAGGGAGAUUUAGAGACGCAGACCAAACUGGAGCAUGCCCGCAUUAAGGAGCUUGAACAGAGCCUGCUCUUUGAAAAGACCAAAGCUGACAAACUUCAAAGAGAGUUAGAAGAUACUAGGGCCAAAACAAGGCCAGAUUCCUUAAAAGUGGCAACGGUUUCUGAAAAAUCUCGCAUUAUGGAACUAGAGAAGGAUUUGGCUCAGAAAACGAAAGAAGUUGCAGAAAUGCGCCAGAAGUUUGUAGAAUCUAGCAAACAGUCUAGUGAUGUAGAUGAAUCACUUUCACUAUUGCAAGAAGUCAGUUCUUUGCAGGAAAAUAUAUCAACACUUAGUAAGAAACACGAGCAAGAAAUUCAGUCUCUGAAAGGUAAGCUUGAAAGUACUGAAGGUGAUUAUGAGAGAGAAUUAGGAUCUGUGAAAGCAUCAGUAGAAAAGCUAUCCAAAGAGAAUGAAACCUUGAAAGUAAAGCUCAGCCAUGCCAAUAAGGAGAAUGCAGAAGUAAUAGAACUUUGGAAAUCAAACCUAGACUCUGCAAUAAGUUCACAUCAGCAAGCAAUGGAAGAGCUGACUGUUUCCUUCAGUAAAGGUGCAAAUACAGAAACUUCUGCUUUGAUUGAACUAAAAGCCCACAUUGAGAACCUUAAGCUAGAACAUCAGAAAGAGACAGAACUUCUGAAAUCUCGGCAAGAAGCUGAACAAGCUGAUCAUCUGAAAGAAAUAGAAGCUUUCAAGUCGAAACUUCAAGCAUAUUCUGAAAAGAGAGAAUCAGAACUUGAAACACUAAAAUCUAAACUGGAAACUGCAGAGGAGCAACACUUAAUAGAAAUGGAGGAUACGUUAAAUAAGCUUCAUGAUGCAGAAAUAAAGGCCAGUGAUUUACAGAGAGAUUUGAUGGAGGGAAAUGAAAAGUUUGCUGACCUUGAAAACAAAAUGCAGUCACUGAUUCAGGUCAAAGAAACUUUUGAAAAGGAAAUUGAAGAUUUGAAAAAAUCAUUAAACACUUCUGAAGAGUCAUCUAAGGUCCUUCAAAAAGCUAUGCAAGAAACUAUGGGUAAACUGAAUGAGCGAGAGCUACAAUGUGUAGAAAUAACCAAAAAAUUGGAAUUGUUGCAACCCCAAUGUGCUGAAUUUGAAAGAAAGUUAAAAGAAGGCGAAGAGAAGAAAGAGAACUUAAUGAGAGCAAAAGCAAAACUAGAAAGUCAAAUAGCCGAAAUGAUUCAGUCAUCAGGGGACAGCUCUGCUCAGCUUUCAGCACUGAAUGAAGAACUACAGUCUAGGGAAAGGAAUUUAGCUGAUCUCCAAGCCGAAUUGUCAAAAUCCAGAGAAACUGUAAAACAGCUUCAAACAAAUAUUGAGCAGUUAACAUCUGAAGCAAAGCAUUGCUCUGACAAAGAACAAGAGUCUCAUCGGCUAGCAAUAAAGGCAAUGACUUCUGAAAUAGAAAGUUUGAAACUGGAAAUGGAAAAAGUUCAGCUUCAGAAAAAAGAGAUGCAGUCAUUGCAUGAAAAAUCUAUUUUGGAUUUAGUUUCCCAACAUGAAACUAAAAUCAAUGAGCUAAGUCAAAAUCUACAUGUUAAGGAGGAAAUGUGGAAGGCUGCCCAGGUGAUGCAGAAUAAUAUGGUCAAACAAAUCGAAGAGCUGCAACAGCAAACUGAACAGGCCAAGUCUUUAACCUGUGUGUUAGAAUCCAAAAACAAAGAGAUUGAACUUAUAACAGAAGAGAUAAGGGGUUUAAAAGUGGAAAAAGACACACUGUUCAAGGAGGCAGAUGCCUUAAAGCUAGGAAAGGAUACUCUGCUUUCAAACAUUGUAGAACUUGAAUCGCAUAUUAAUGUCCUUCAGCAAGAAAAAAUGCAGCAUUUAGUGCUCUUUGAAGAAAUAAAAUCUGAAAAAGACAAAAUUAUGCAGGAGAAACAGGAGCUUGAAAACAAAUAUAAAUUAUUAAAUAGUGCCUCUCAAACACUGAUCUCUGACAAAGAUAAUGUGAUAGUUGAACUUAAUAAUGCUAAACAGGAAAUUCUGAAAAUCAAUUUGGUGUGUGAAGAUUUGCAGUCUUCCAUUACUUCUAUGGAUACUGCUAUGAGAGAACUUCAGGAAAGCAAAGAUGCACUGUUAGCUAAUUAUUUAGAAUUACAAAGCAAAAAUCAGUUAAUCCAGGAACAGCAGAUAAAAAAUUGUGAAGAGAAAAUAAAUAUUAUCAGGGAAAAAGAUGAAAUGAUUGAUAUUCUGAAUAAAAACACUGAAGAUCUGACCAGCCAACAGAAAGUGCUAGAAAAAGAAAUAGAUGCGCUAGAAACAGAUAAAAAACUGUCCUUUGAUAAAUGUGUAGAUCUAGAGAAAAAGAUUGCUGCAAUAAAUGAAGAGAAGGAGAUGCUAAUCAAAGAUAUUGCUGAAGUUGCAUCUGAAAGGGAAGAUCUUGUUUUUAGGCAAAACAAGUUGAAUACAGAAAUUGAGAAUCUGCUUAAAGAAAAAGAAAACUUGACCCUUGCACAUAGCUCUAUAGAAGUUGAACUGACUAAUGUGAAAUCACAACUGGAUGAAUCAGUCCAAGAAAAUCUAGAUAUUAUAAGAAAAAGAAAUGAACUGCUGAAAACCCUUUCUAAGCUUGAAGAGGACAAUCAGAGAUCAUUGGAAAAUCAGAAGAAAGUAAUAGAUGAAAAACUAUUAAUUAUUAAGGAAAAAGAUGACCUUAUCCAAAAUAUUAAUGGCUUAAAAGAGGACUGGAGAACCAAACACAUCGAUCUGGUCAAGGAUAUGUCUGUACUUAAAGCGGAAAAGGAGACUGUCCUCGCUAGAAAUCUUGAACUUGACAACAAAGUUUCUCAGUUAGUUUUUAAACGUGACGAGUUACUGGAGACAACAGAUAAAUUAUCUUCAGAAAGAGACAAGCUUGUAUUAAAACAAAAUGAAUUAAAUAUAAAAGUUAUGGAACUGGUUGAAGAAAAAGAAAAGUUGGCUUCAAAUUACAGUGAGCUUACAAAUAAAGUAGCACAGAUGAGUAAAGAGCUGAACCAGUCAGAAAAGGCCAACGAAGAGCUUCAAAUCACCAAUGAAAGUUUAACAAAGUUGAUUGAGGAAAUAAAGACCAACAGUAGUAUAUCUGAUUCGGAGCGUUAUAAUUUGCUCCAGGAAAAGGAGAUGCUUCUCUCAUCUGAGCGGAAGCUUUCUGCAGAAAUAGGGAAACUUUUAGAAGAAAGAGAAAAGCUUGUAGAAAAGAGUCAGAAGUCUUCAGAAGAGGCGGAGCAAGUCCAGGACAAAAUGAUAGAUGAGAUUAAUAACCUAAAAAAUGCAAAAGACUGUAUUGCUCUUAAACUGAAUGACAUGGAAAAGCAGCUUCAGUCUGUUUUCGAAGAGAGAGAUGCAUUUAAAUCCUUGAAUGUUGAACUUCAAUCCAAGGAGCAAAUGGUGAUUGCUGAAUUAGAAAGCUGUAAAAUGAGGUUAGAAGAAUCAGAAGCAUCAAAUUUUAUCUUAUCUCAGGAGAAGAAUAGGCUGCUACAAGAGAUUGAGUCUUUAAAUUGUAGAAUUGUAGAUGCAACAAAACUUCGCAAUGAACUGAAAGAAACUAUUGAAAAUCUAAAGCUAAUACUGGAGCAAACUCAAAAAGACAAGUCUGCUGUGGAAGAACAACACAACGGCACCUUGAUGGAAAAGCAGUCUUUGCUUGAGGAUUAUAAGAAGUGUUGUCUGGAUAAAGAUUUGUUGCUAAAAGACAGAGAUGACUUAGAAAAAAAAGUCAAUGAACUUGAGGUAGGUUUUAAAGGUUUUGAGCAAAGGUUAACAGAAGAAAGAGAAACUUUUAAAAAUAAAAGGAAUUCUUUAGAGCUUAGGUGUGUGGAACUUCAGAAGGGCUUAGUAAAUGUAACUGAAGAAAAAGAACAGAUACAUGUACAGAGCAAAGAGCUUCUGUCUAAGUAUGAGGCACUUCUGGAGCAGAAGGGAAAUGUAGAUGAUCUAUUAAAUACCCUUUCACAGGAAAAGGAGAGCUUAGAACUUGAGAAAAAUGGCCUGUCAUCUCAGUUUAAAGAUCUCAGUAAGGAUUUUGUCUCCUUAAAUAACUCAAAAGAACUACUUCAAGACCUCUACAAUAGUGUUUCAAAAAUGGUAGAAGAUCUUCGCUGUCAAAAUGAAAUCAAAGAUAUAGAAAUUGCAAAUCUACAAGAGGAGAAAUCUCGCCUUAUAGUGGCAAAAGAAACAUUGGAGAAGGUGAAUUCAACAGUGUUAGCAGAAAAGGAAACCACCUUGAAGAAAUGUGAUAAGAUGUCUGAGGAAAUGGCAGCACUUACUAAAAGCAAAUCUGAAGCUACAGAUCUCGCUGAGCAGUUAGGAAUCCAAUGCCAGGCAUUGCUGAGUGAGAAAGAAGAGUUAAUGUUAAGGUUUAAUGAACUCCAAGCACAACAAAACAAGAAAGAAGCAAAAAUACAUGAGGCUUCUCAGACUGCAGAAGAAGCUUGUCAGAAAAUUGAGCAAAUUAAUGCAGAAAAAAAUGCACUACUUAACGAAAGGGCUGAGACUGUAAAUGCAAUGGACGAGCUGAAGAAGCUUCACAGCCAACUGCAGAAAGAGUUGAAUGGCCUGAAAGAGCAACAGAAAUCAGGAGCAGAACAAUUAUCCAAGACAAAUGAACAACUUAAAGGCGAAUAUAAGAAAACAGAGGCUCUCAGGAAGGAAUUGGAAGAGCUAAGGCAGGCGGCUGAGCACAAGUCCCAGCAGUUAGCAUCUCUGCAGGAGGAGAACCUUAAACUUACAGAGGAGCUAGGAAGGAGCAAAGAAGAAGUAUCAAGUAACCAGAAGCUUGAAGAGGAGAGAUCAGUUUUAAAUAAUCAAUUGCUAGAGAUGAAAAAAAGGGAAUCUAUUCUUAAGAAAGAGUUUGAUGAAGAGAAGACAUCUCUACAGAAAUCACUCACCAGUACCAGUGCCUUGAUCACUGAGAAGGACAAAGAACUUGAAAGACUCAGAAAAGAGAUUACAUUGCUUCGGGGAGAAAAUGAAUCUGCAAAAACCUUACAGUCUGCAGUAAAAUCACUGGAGUUUGAAAAACUCAAGUUGGAGAAAAAAGUGCAGAGUCUGGAAAAAGAACUGGAUGAGAACAAAACUCAACUCACCAACCUGUCAAACUCAUCAGCUCCUUGUUUUCAUUCUUUAGGUGAUGCCUCAUUCAACAGCCAGUACCUGGAAGAGAAGUCAUCCAUGGAAAGCCAGAUUGAGUUUCUCAAUUCUGUCAUAAUUGACCUUCAAAGAAAAAAUGAUGAUCUAAAACAGAAGAUUGAGAAAAUGGUUGAAGCGUCACUUAAUGGAAACAAUAUGGAAGACAUGGAUAACCAUGACAGUAUGAAUGGUACUCAAGCCAAAAAGAAAGUGCCCCCACGUCUCUUCUGCGAUAUCUGUGACUGUUUUGAUCUCCAUGACACAGAAGACUGUCCAACACAGACCCAGUUGCCUGACUCUCCACCUCAUUCAAACUUCCAUGGCAACAGAAAAGAAGAGCGGCCAUAUUGUGAUAUUUGUGAGGAUAACCUGAUCCCUGUAUUCUUGGGUAGCGAUGUCGUCUCCCAGACUGGAAUUCGAACAGAAAAUCAUCCAAAAAUCCACGCCAAGUUUGCAAGGAAGGGUCUGGCAGCAAGGCUUAACUUUAGCUCUGAGUUCAAGUUUGAAAAGUUGAGGCUUCCGGGUGGACUGAACAGUCUCUGGUUUUAUAGCAUUCAGGGACUUUUUAAAGUGGCUUUCGAUCUGUACAACAGAGAAGAGCAACUUGCAGUCAUUGAAAGUCUUCAGGAACUUUGGAAAUCCCGCCUUAAAGAUGAGCCACUAAGCAAAUGUUACAACCUAAGUAACUGCCUAGAAGACAAUAGAUGUUUAAUCCCAGUAUGUUACCAGGCAGAAGAACCUAGAAUCCAUGAAAAAUUAGCUUCUCAGCAAAUUCAUGGGAUUGCUAGAGUUCCUUGCAGUCUUUCAGAGCACAACUACUGCAUGACCAGUCAAGAAGGACCUAGUGUGUCUGUAUCACAGGACACAGAGGGCAAUGACAUUAUUAUUCAGAGGCUUAAAUCUCUUCUGGGCAUUUGUACCAGUUCAAUUAUUAUCCUGGAGAAUCAGCUGAUGAAGACCAUUGUAGCAUUGUUGGAUGUUGUAGGACAUGUAUUCAGUGGUCACAACUUCUUAGUUAACAUGAUUGAAAGCAUUAUGGACCUUCUUGAAGCCGUAAGUCACCUACAGGACAAGGACAACCCACAGAAGGAGGCCUCCAAUGUGUAUGACAACUCUUUGUUGUUUGAGGCUAUUGUAUGGGAUGAGUAUCUGACCGGCCCUUUUGGAUUAAUUGCCCAGUAUUCACUGUUGAAGGAACAUGAGGUUGAAAAAAUGUUCACGCUUAAGGCGGGCCCGUUACCAUCCUCGGAUGUUAAAAACAUCAUAUUUUUUGUUAGACCCAAGCUGGAACUAAUGGACAUUAUUGCUGAGAACAUUCUGAGAGAAGAUAAGGGACGAUUUAUGCAGCGGGAUUUCCAUAUCUUAUUUGUGCCUCGUCUUAGCCUGCUGUGUGAGCAGAGACUUAAGGAUCUGGGUGUUCUUGGCACGUUUUAUUAUCGUGAGGAAUACCGCCUAAACCUGAUCCCUUUUGAUGGAGAUCUGUUGUCUAUGGAAUCAGAAAAUGCUUUUAAGGAGUGCUACUUGGAGAAUGAUCAGACAACACUUUAUCAUGCAGCUAAGGGGCUCACCACUUUGCAGGCCUUGUAUGGGACUAUUCCUCAGAUUUGUGGGAAAGGAGAGUGUGCAAGGCAUGUUGCCAAUAUGAUGAUCAGGAUGAAGCGAGAGCUGGGCAGAAGCAAUAACCAGAUAACUCCAGUGUUUGACACCCUUUUGUUGUUGGAUCGUAAUGUUGACUUGCUAACACCACUUGCAACUCAGCUCACUUAUGAAGGACUUAUCGAUGAAGUCUACGGGAUUCAAAAUAGCAAUGUUAAACUUCCCCCAGAAAAGUUUGCUCCCAAGAAACAGGGUGAGGGUGGGAAAGAGCUACCUACAGAACAAAAGAAGCUGCUGCUGAACUCUGCUGAGGAGUUAUAUGCUGAGAUCAGGGACAAAAACUUCAACGCUGUCGGCUCAGUACUGAGUAAGAAGGCCAAAAUUAUAUCUGCAGCUUUUGAGGGAAGGCACAAUGCCAAAACAGUGGGGGAAAUCAAACAAUUUGUCUCUCAACUACCCCAUAUGCAAGCCGAGCGGGCAUCUUUAGCAAAUCACACGUCUAUCGCUGAACUCAUAAAGGAUAUAACCACGUCGGAAGCUUUUUUUGAUAAUUUGACAGUGGAGCAAGAAUUCAUGUCUGGCUUUGAUACUGAUAAGAUCAAUCCAUACAUAGAAGACUGUAUUGCCAAAAAAGAUCCCUUAUUAAAGAUAUUAAGACUUGUCUGCCUCCAGUCUGUGUGUAAUACGGGUCUGAAGCAAAAAGUGCUGGACUUUUACAAGAAAGAGAUUCUACAGACCUACGGGUAUGAGCAUUUAUUGACUCUGCACAAUCUGGAAAAGGCUGGGCUUUUAAAAGCACAAUCGGGCAGUAGGAAUAACUACCCAACCAUCAGGAAAACCCUGCGCCUCUGGAUGGAUGAUGUGAAUGAGCAGAAUCCUAAUGACAUCUCCUAUGUGUACAGUGGGUAUGCCCCACUCAGUGUUCGUCUGGCACAAGUCCUGGUUCGUCCAGGAUGGAGAAGCAUUGAGGAAGUUCUUAAACUCCUUCCUGGUCCUCAGUUUGAAGAGCGGCAGUCCCUACCAGCUGGUCUUAUGAAGAAACGUCAACAAGGGGAGAACAAGGUGAUGCUAAUAUUUUUUCUUGGUGGAGUGACCUUUGCAGAAAUUGCGGCCUUGCGUUUCCUUUCUCAACUAGAGGAUGGUGGCACAGAAUACAUCAUUGCCACUACCAAACUGAUCAAUGGCACCACAUGGAUUAAAUCGAUAAUGGAAAAGCUUGAGCCUCCGCCCUUCUGAAUCAAAUUCCUUUUAUCUAGGAAAUUCAACAAGACAUUCCACUCCCGAAAAAUUGCUAAAAUUUAGUAAGACAUGGGGAAAAUACCAUCCAUGCAAGGAUUAUUGUAAGAUGUGCUAACCAUGGUAGGAGAAGUGGAAUGCAUAUUAUUCUAUGCUCUGAAUAUUGCCGCGCUGUAAAUAACCUGCAGUUUCAGUGGAACUUUGAUCCAAAGACCCUGUAACUUCACCUCUGCUUGUUCCUCGUCUAAAGGAAAAGCAAACAAGUGUUGUGGUCUAAUCGAACAUAGAAAGCUCUGAUAUAUUGGAGUUCACAACAAAAAUGUGGAUAAUUGAAUGGAGUUGAAACACUUUAACAGCCUAGCAGUGUGUAUCUAAUGGCUAAAAAAAAACAAAAGCAGCGGUUUUUACAUUUUUAUUUUUAUUACUGAAUGUGCAGCAACAACUUGUUAUAGAGUAAUAACUGAUCUGUCUUUCACUACACCAUGUUGCAAAAUAACACAUGCCUUUCAACUAA